ACCUAUAACAACCUAUAUCUGCCACUUCUAACCUGAAGGCCUGCUAGUAAACACAACAAUUCAAUACUCGUGUCGCCGAGGCAAUAUAUUAAUUAAUCUUAGGCGUUAUUAGGCGUACAUAGUUAGGAUCACAAUGGAUGUAUUUUUAAUGAUCAGGCGAAAAAACAUGACAAUAUUCACCGAUGCAAAGGAUGACACUACGGUUCUUGAGCUGAAAAAAAUGAUCGAAGGUAUACUGAAAGUGCCACCUGUAAAUCAACAGCUAUUUAACAAGGACAACACACUAAUGAGUGAUGGCAAGUUUUUAUCUGAUUAUGGGCUAACAUCAUUAACUGCAAAGGCACAGUGUCCUGCGUUAGUAGGCUUAGCCCUGCGUCAAGACAAUGGCCAGUUUGAAUCUCUUGAAAUGACGCCAUUCUCAUUACCACCGGAUCUUCCUGAUGUGAUGAAAUCACAAGAAGCUAAUGGACAGGAACAGUCUCCUUGAAAAGACACGGAUGAUAUUGCACCAGUUGACGACGAAGUGUUGUGUUCGAUGAAAUCUAGUAAUUUGUCAAAGCAGCUCUGAAUGGUAAAGCAGAAAAAAAGCAAGGAAAUCUAUGCAGGUAUCAUCAUGUGAAUAUUAGAUACGUACAACUUCACACUCAGAUACUUGGAGUCUCAAAACUUUUUCCAACACUUUUAUUGAAGAUGCUAUGUAGUCACGCAAUCUUCAGUUUUGUAAGAGUGAGUGGGCAAGUACCAAUUAGUACUUGAAUAUUAUUAGACUGAAGGUGAUAAUAAAAUUAAACAUGCUUACUACAUUGUGCGUUAAACCAAAUUUAUAUAGCAAUGAAAAAAAAAUAUAUAUAUAUCUAUAUAUAAGUGUUUUUUGUUAUGGUCAGGAUGAGAAUAAAUACCUCAGCUUACA